AUCCCCUUUCCCCGAGCUCCGGAGAAUCCUCCGCAGCUCGGCACUCGGCGGGAUGCUGAUGCAGGACGGGUAUGCAGGCUCUCAGCUCCAGCUGCCUCGGAGCUACAUUAAUCUCGACAAUGCAUGUAACAUCACUGCACAGCGAUGCAACGACUGUGAAGGUGCCCGACCACGCUGAACACGUUAGAUCGCAGAUGCAGGAGAACAGGAUGUAAUUAAAACCUCCCUGGUCAACUGAAAAGCUCCGUGCUGUUGGAAACUUUGUCCCAGUAGACUUGGACAAGUUUGGAAACCCGAUAGGAGACGGCAGUGUGAGCAGCUGAUUCGCCUGGGCUAAAAAUACCCCGCGUCCGCUACACCGACUCCGUUAGUCUGCAUUCGCUAAAAAUCCCAAAGAAAUUAUGGAAUACUGUCCAAAGGCACAUAAGGACCAAUCAGUCGCCUUGGCUCUCUCCUUCUGUGGUGACGACAGGAAUGAUUCCUACAGCGUGGACAACGGGGUCCUAAACAACGCCUGUUUUGUGGAUGCUUUGAACCUGGUCCCGCAUGUCUUCCUCCUCUUCAUCACCUUCCCUAUUCUCUUCAUCGGUUGGGGCAGCCAGAGCUCCAAGGUGCAAAUCCACCACAAUACAUGGUUGCACUUUCCCGGACACAACAUUCGAUGGGUUCUAACGUUCACUCUGCUGUUCGUGCAUGUGUGCGAGAUCGCCGAGGGAAUCGUCUCCAACGGGCACAUGAGCACGAACCACCUCCAUCUCUUCAUGCCCGCAUUCAUGGGCUUCAUAGCUGCCACCACGUCAGUGAUUUAUUACCACAACAUCGAAACCUCGAACUUCCCCAAAUUACUUCUAGCACUCUUCAUUUACUGGGUGCUGGCCUUCUUCACCAAGUCCAUCAAGCUGUGGAAGUACGCCGAGUACGAGCUGGGCAUCCAGCAUCUGAGGUUCUGCAUCACAGCGCUGCUGGUCAUUCUGUAUGGGCUUCUGAUGGGUGUGGAGAUCAACGUCAUCCGAGUGAGGAAAUACGUCUUCUUUGCCAACCCCCAGAAGGUCAAGCCACCCGAGGACCUGCAGGAUCUGGGGGUGCGUUUUCUGCAGCCCUUUGUCAACCUCCUGUCCAAAGCCACCUACUGGUGGAUGAAUCCUCUCAUCAUGGGUGCCCACAAGAGACCUAUUGAGCUGAAAAAGAUUGGCAAGCUGCCUAUCGCCAUGCGAGCUCUGACCAACUACUUAAGUCUGAAGGAUGCCUACGAGGAGCAGAGGCAGAAUUCCGAUGAUCCCGAGCAGGCCCCCUCCAUCUGGAGGUCUAUAUACCGAGCCUUCGGCCGGGCCAUCCUGCUUAGCAGCACCUUCCGCUACCUGGCUGACCUGCUCGGUUUCGCCGGCCCGCUGUGCAUUUUGGGUAUCGUCAAGGGCCUGAAGAAUGAAACCGCGACCUUGGAUGCAGAUAAAGGCUGCUUUUUCGGGGUCUACUUCCUGUCGACCAGCGAGCUGCUCCAGAAGACGACGGUCCUCGCCGUGCUACUGUUCCUGGCCCUGAUCCUGCAGAGAACCUUCCUGCAGGCCUCGUAUUACGUCACUAUCGAGACGGGCAUCAACCUUCGGGGAGCGCUACUGGCCAUGAUCUACAAUAAGAUCCUGCGCUUGUCCACAUCCAACAUGUCCAUGGGAGAGAUGACCCUGGGCCAGAUCAACAACCUGGUUGCUAUAGAGACCAACCAGCUGAUGUGGUUCCUCUUCCUGUGCCCCAACCUCUGGGCCAUGCCAGUGCAGAUCAUCAUGGGCGUCAUUCUGCUGUACCAACUGCUGGGAUACAGUGCAUUGAUCGGCGCCUCAGUCAUCGUGCUGCUGGCUCCUGUGCAGUACUUCAUCGCCACCAAGCUGGCAGACACGCAGAAGAGCACGCUGGACUAUUCCACAGACCGGCUGAAAAAGACCACAGAGAUCCUGAAGGGCAUUAAGGUGCUCAAGCUCUACGCUUGGGAGAACGUCUUCUGCGACAGCGUGGAGCAAACCCGGAAGAAGGAGCUCACCAGCCUGAAGACCUUUGCCCUCUACACCUCCAUGUCCAUUUUCAUGAACGCUGCCAUCCCUAUAGCAGCAGUACUCGCGACCUUCGUCACACACGCUUGUACCAGCAGAGAUGUGCUCAGCCCAUCCGUGGCCUUCGCCUCGCUGGCUCUCUUCCACAUUCUGGUCACCCCCCUUUUCCUUCUCUCCACCGUGGUCAGAUUCGCAGUCAAGGCCCUGGUCAGCGUGCAGAAGCUGGGCGAAUUCCUCCAGAGUGACGAGAUUGGUGAGGACAGCUGGAGAAACGGGGACGUGUCCGUCUCCCUGGACUCCUGCAAGAAGCAUCCAGGGGGGACCAAAGCGGUGAACAGGAAGCAGCCACUCCGCUACCAGAUCGACAGUUACGAGCAGCCGCCACGCAGGAAUCUGCGCCCCAGUGAGACGGAGGAUGCCGCCGUCAAGGUGACCAACGGCUUCUUCACCUGGGGGGGCAACCUGUCGACGCUGUCAGACAUCAAUAUCCGCAUCCCUACAGGGCAACUGACCAUGAUCGUGGGCCAGGUGGGCUGUGGAAAGUCUUCUCUCCUACUGGCCAUGCUUGGGGAGAUGCAGACUGUCAGAGGCGAAGUGUAUUGGAGCAAACAGCCUGAGUGUGAGAUGGUCCACGAGGGGACUAUAAGUUGGAGCGAUGUGGAUCCCACUUUUGAUGCUUCUGUGAGCAAGAACAGAAAUUCUGUGGCCUACGCAACCCAGAAGUCCUGGCUGCUCAAUGCCACCGUGGAGGAAAACAUAACGUUUGGAAGCCCUUUCAACAAGCAGAGAUAUAAGGCCGUCAUCGAUGCUUGCUGCCUCCAGCCGGAUAUAGACCUCUUGCCCUUUGGAGACCAGACUGAAAUUGGAGAAAGGGGGAUUAACCUAAGUGGAGGCCAGAGACAGAGGAUUUGUGUGGCUCGAGCACUCUACCAGAACACCAACAUCGUCUUCCUGGAUGACCCCUUCUCCGCUCUGGACAUCCAUCUCAGCGACCACCUGAUGCAGGAGGGCAUUCUGAAGUUCCUGCAGGAUGACAAGAGGACCAUGGUGCUGGUGACCCACAAGCUGCAGUACCUGAUCCAUGCAGACUGGAUCAUUGCUAUGAAGGAUGGCUCUGUGCUGAGAGAGGGGACCCUGAAGGACAUCCAGAACAAGGACGUGGAGCUCUAUGAGCACUGGAAGACUCUCAUGAACAGGCAGGACCAGGAGUUGGAGAAGGAUACUGAAGAGGACAACCAGACUGUCCUUGAAAGGAAGACUUUGAGAAGAGCUUUCUAUUCUAGAGAAGCUAAAGGCCAGAUAGAUGAUGAAGAUGAAGAGGAAGAAGAGGAGGAUGAUGAAGAAGAUGCGUUAUCUACCGUCACCAGUCGCCGUUCGAAGAUUCCCUGGAAAGUGUGCUGGCGGUACCUGUCCUCGGGUGGCUUCUUCAUGGUGGUCAUGAUGAUCUCAUCCAAACUACUUAAGCACGGUGUCAUGGUGGCCAUUGACUACUGGCUUGCCAAAUGGACCUCCAAAGAGGGAAACGACGUAGAUAACUUCCCAAGAGGUACCAACAUCACCAAAGACGAAGAGCAUCUGUCCUAUUACGUUCCAGUCUUCAGUAUUCUCUGUGGGGCCGGGAUUGUGCUGUGUCUCAUAACCUCACUGACAGUAGAGCUGAUGGGCUUAUCAGCCGCCACCAACCUCCACCACAACCUGCUCAACAAGAUCAUCCAUGCCCCCAUAAGAUUCUUCGACAUCACUCCGCUGGGUCAGAUUCUGAACCGCUUUUCAGCCGACACCAACAUCAUUGAUCAGCACAUUCCCUCCACCCUCGAGUCCUUGACACGUUCCACGCUGCUCUGCCUUUCCGCCAUUGGCGUGAUCGCGUUCGUGACUCCAGCCUUCCUCAUAGGCAUGGUGCCGCUUUCCAUCGCUUUCUACUUCAUCCAGAAAUACUUCCGGGUUGCUUCCAGAGACCUUCAGGACCUGGAUGACUCCACCCAGCUUCCCCUGCUCUGUCACUUUUCGGAGACUGCAGAGGGUCUUACCACAAUCCGGGCCUUCAGACACGAGUCUCGUUUUAAACAGCGAAUGCUGGAGCUGACCGACACUAAUAACACAGCCUACUUGUUCCUCUCUGCUGCCAACCGGUGGCUGGAGGUCAGAACGGACUACUUGGGGGCGGUGAUAGUGCUGAUGGCAGCAUUAGCCUCCAUAUGGCACUCAUCUGGUGAGCUAAAAUCGGGUCUGGUUGGACUGGGCCUGACUUACGCACUCACGGUCACAAAUUACCUGAACUGGGUUGUGAGGAACUUGGCUGACUUGGAGGUGCAGAUGGCGGCAGUGAAGAAGGUGAACAGCUUCCUCAGCACAGAGUCGGAGAACUAUGAGGGCUCCAUGGACACCUCCCAGGUGCCCGAGGACUGGCCCCAGCACGGGGAGAUCAAGAUACAGAACCUCUGUGUGCGCUAUGAUCCAUCACUGAAGCCCGUCCUCAAGCACGUCAACGCCUUCAUCAAGCCAGGACAAAAGGUGGGCAUCUGCGGACGCACCGGUAGUGGGAAAUCCUCCUUGUCUCUGGCCUUCUUCAACAUGGUGGACAUGUUUGAAGGGAAGAUCGUCAUCGACGGCAUUGAUAUCUGCAAGCUGCCGCUCCACACACUGCGUUCCCGGUUCUCCAUCAUCCUUCAGGACCCGGUUCUGUUCAGCGGAUCCAUCCGGUUUAACUUGGAUCCUGAGCGCAAAUGUACCGACGACGGUCUGUGGGAGGCGCUAGAGAUCGCCCAGCUGAAGAACAUGGUCAAGGCACUCCCUGGAGGCUUGGAUGCUGUGGUGACAGAGGGAGGCGAGAACUUCAGCGUCGGCCAGCGGCAGCUCUUCUGCCUGGCCAGGGCCUUCGUCCGUAAGAGCAGCAUCCUCAUCAUGGACGAGGCCACGGCCUCUAUCGACAUGGCAACGGAGAACAUCUUACAGAAGGUGGUGAUGACGGCCUUUUCUGACCGCACGGUGGUCACCAUCGCCCAUCGGGUGCACACGAUUCUGACGGCGGACCUGGUGAUCGUCAUGAAGCGAGGCAACAUCCUGGAGUACGACAAGCCCGAGACCCUGCUGGAGGAUGAGGAUGGCCUGUUUGCGUCCUUCGUGCGGGCCGACAUGUAGCCCCCCUGUCUUUAAUACAGUGCUUAGCAGUCCGCCUGUCGGUUAUCAGAAGCACCAUGUGACCUUGAUGGCCUUCUUCCCACUCUGGAAUUAUUUUUCAGCGUAAAAUUCACACGGUCGGGAAGAUCGGGACACCUAAGCCGAAACCUCAAAUCCUCCCCUAGGAGUGCUUGUUUGACUCUUAAAUGUUUUAUAUAAAUAUCAUUAUACAGAUUUUGAAUCUUUUCGUACUCAAGUUUUUGUUACUUUUGCCAAGUUGUAUACCGUGUUUUACUGUUACUGUCAAGAAAUAUGCAGCCGGUACAGAUGGUGUACGUAGGUUUAAUCCUGAAUUUGUACAAACACUGUCUUCCAUACCUACUGAACCCGGAGAGUCUGUCCAAAUAUGCACUGUCUGUCUAAAACGUUUUACUGACUGCCGUUUUAGUUAGAUUGUUCACUGAAAAUGGAAUCUGUCUGAAUCGAAAUUCAGACUGUUUAGGUUAGACACAAACUUUUAAUGUUUUAAAUUUCAAAACUCAAGCUUGCUUUUUUAAUGCAGAAAAUAUAUGUAAUCGUGUGCUUUUUGAUACUGUCUGGUUUAUACCUUUGCAGCCAUUUGCCGCCACGAAAUACAAAUCCACCAUGCAAGUGAAACAUGCUGGAAUGUGCUGUAUUCUGUCACGUUUCUCAGACACUCUCUUUUGCUCCCUACUUUAGACAGAGAGAGGCCAAUAUACACUGUGGCAACCCUGAAAACAUGCCUUGAGUCCUAGUAAGAUAAGUUACUGUAUAUAGUUGUAAUGCAUGACUGAAGGCAUUUGCGUCAUCGUGGAGUUUCCUCCGGGUACUCCGGUUCCCCCCCACAGCUACUAAAUUGUCAGUAGAUGUGUAUGUGUGAGUGGAUGGUGUGUGAGUGAAUGGUGCGUGAGUGAUGGUGUGUGAGUGCAUGGAGUGUGAGUGGAUGGUGCAUGAGUGAGUGGUAUGUGAGUGUGCCCUGCGAUGGGUUAGGGCCCCACCCUGGGUUGUGCCCUGUCUUGCUCUCAUAGACUCCAGACCCCCCCACGAAUUAGUGGGAUGGAUGGAUGGAUGGAUGGAUGGAUGGAUGGAUGGAUGGACUGACUGAACACAUGGUCUGGUUCAUUCCCAUAAAUAUAAAUACAUAAUAAAUUAAUAAACCAUGAAUCUUGAAAAUCCCUUUAGAUGCAAAUGAUUUUUAGGGGUGAGUCUUCAGGGAAGUUUGCCGGUGCAAAUCAGAUAAAGAUUGCAUUUCUAAAAAGUCUCACUUUUUAUGCAGCCCAUACUUUGCAGAGUGAAACAUGGUUUAAUACUGUAGCAGUGUCAGCCGUACUCUGCAUAAUCUCCCAAGAAAGGCCUUCCUGUAAAUGUCUGACAUCUGUAGCCUUCUUCUGAAAUUAAUUUAUAGUGAUGCUAAAUUACUUUACACUCAUUGUUCUUAAUGUGGAACUGUCACUCUCAUGAGAUCUUAUUAGGUUUUUUGCAUUGUACUCUGUUAAAAUGCUCAACGGUUGAUGUCGUAAUUGUGAAAUAUUUUGCAUGUUGUCAUAAGUUCACUUUGUUAAAUUUUGUGUUGAUUUAUAGCAAUUGUAAUGUUUUAAUCUGUCUUAACUGUACAUAUGUAAUUAUUUUUACAUUGAAAUGGCAUUUAACAACAAUAUCCUGUGUGCCUCAUUUUUAAACACUUGAACUGGUAAUAAAAGCAUUUUGAGAGUGAAA